AUGGACUCAUUUUCCACUCCACCUUCAUUGGCCAAGCAACUGCUAAGAUCAAAGGCCAAAUCUCCCGAUACCUGGCAAACAAAUGCAAAUCUGGAUGUCACGAAGGAAGCAAUGGUUCAGGCAAAGGAAGCGGCUGCUGAGAUCACUAGGAAACUGGAGAAACAGGAGAAGAAAUGCUUGAAGAAGGAAAAGAAACAACUGGCUGCACUUGCCUUCCCUUCUUCAGAAAACAGCAGUAGCACUCAGGAGGAGAGCGAGGAUACAGUGGAAAACCCCCAAAAGGAGCAAAAGCAAAAGCCCCAGGAGGUUCCUCAGGGGAAUGGAAUGGAAGACCACCUGUCUAUCCCUGUCUCCAAACUCAAGAAAAAGAAAUCUUUUUCCAAGGAGGAGUUGGUUAGUAGUGAUCUUGAGGAGGCCACUGGCAUUGUAAGUCCUCCCAAGAAGAAGAAAACUUCACCCGAGGAGGAAACAGGAGUUAGUGAUGCUGAGGAGGCAGGCAACAAGAGCGUGUCUAAAAAAAAGAGGAAAUUCUGCUCUAAGGAGGAGGCGGUCAGCAGUGGGCCCAAAGAGGCUGCAGGCAUCAAGAACAGCUCCAAGAGGAAGAAAAAGUUCCCCAAAGCUCCCCAGGAAGAUUAGAAUGGACAAUCCCUGUGAGGGAGGGGUAUCCCAUACCCCACAGAG